AUGGCCACCUCAGACUCAGACUCCUCCUCACUCUCUUCGGCACCGCCAACAGACGAUGAAGCCACCAUGGAUGUUGAACAACCCGUCGGUAUCACGAAAUACUUCAAGAAGGAGUCGUCGACUCCUCCGCCGAAACGAGAGCCGUCACCACCGCAUGAAUACGUUAUCGCGGACAACCCCAAUAUCGCUUUCAUCGUCAUGUUCCGCGCGCGUUUCCAUGAUGCUUUCCCUCGAGGACUGCCGCACUAUGGACCUCAGGAUAUCGAGAGAGGCGUUGUGGAGGAUCCACCUGGAGAAUACAUCGAAAGACUGCUUUGCGCAUUGCUGGGUCUCGUUUUGAAUCGCAAGAAGGAUGUUGAACGAAACCACUUCACCCGGCCACUCGAGGAGGCAAUAUCCACACACCACUCACAGUGGCCCAAGGCGUGGGAGGGCAAGAAUCCCCUCUCCGGAGGUCGCAGCUUUGCGACAAUGACCCCGGAAGAACGCAUCGAGCUACUGAGAUCCUUGAUCCUAUGGUCCCUCUCAUCUUCCGAUGCAAUCCAGGCUAAGCUGAAGGAGUCCUACAAGCAGGCCCGCCACGAUGAUGAUCUCAACCAGCCUUUGUCUGUUCAACCCUGGGGCCGCGAUAGCUUAAAGCGACGAUACUGGCUCAUCGAGGGCCAAGACGACACUCAUUUUCGCUUAUACAGGGAAAGCAACCCAAGUCUGAAACACAUCACGUGGUGGAGUGUCGCUGGAGACAUCCCAGAGUUACAGGCCGUUGCCAAUAAGCUUCAAGAAGAAAAGGGCACAAACUCGAAGAAACUCAGUGAAAAAAUUUUGAGUGCGAUCCCUCGUUUUGAGGCUUCAGAAGAUAAACGCAAACGUCGGGACUAUCGUCUUGCGCGCAAAGCUGCGUUUGCUCGGCCUGAGCCUGGUUUCUCCAUGUACGAAGGCCGCACUCGCGGAAAGAAGCUGAAGUACACAUAUUCCGACGAUGAGGAUAUCUUCUCCGAUGAAGGCCCGUCCAGAAGAUCCGCCCGCAACACUACUACGGUGACACCGGCUGAGCCAUCGCGACCCAGAUUCACCGCAAGUGGACGACAGAUUCGGUCCCGUGCCGGUGGCCUGUAUGGCGCCUCUUUACUCAGUGGACAACGCGGGGAUUCCGAAGAUGAGGAUGAUAACCCAAGACCACAGCGAAACCGCACCUCUGUUCACCCUAAUGGCUAUUCCGGCUAUGAUGCCGAUGACUUGGAGGACGAGUCUGAUGCCGCAUCGUCAGGUAACGAGAGCGGCAACGAAUGGAAAGUUGGGGAUGACGAUGAACAUGACAAUGACGGAGAUGACGAUGGAGAGGUCGCCAGUGGCGACGAGUCAAUCGUGAACGGAGAGCCCCCUAGCCUUGUUGUUCAGCUUAGAUAUGGCAAAGGAAAAGCACCGAACAAUCCUGUCCCAGUUGACGAACCUCCUCCCGGCGAAAAGUUCGAGCCAAUGCAGAUGAGCAAGGUCGAAGUACCGGCACCAUCGUCCACCGCUACAGACGUCCUACGACCAAGCUACGCCCCAGAAACCAUGUUGAAAGGGCCAGAGACUGAACAAUCGGCACCAGCGAUGACUGCGUCUUCCUUCGGUUUUGAAGCACCUGCACCCCAGCAAGCCCCGUUUGCAUCAGCAGCUGCAGCGCCGUCUUCUGAAGAAAUGGCUCCUCAGACAUCAGAAGGAGCAUCAAGUAUGUUCCCAGCCACAAACACUCCCUUUCCCGUACCCGAUGGUAUUCCCAAGACCACUCAGCUAGCAGAGCCAAAUGUGGCCCCUACUGAGCCUAGCCUUGGUGCUGGAAGCCAGCCUGGCAUCCAAACACCCCAACAGCAGGCCCCUUUCCAAGGCUAG